AACACUGUGAGAGCGAGAGUGUUCCGUGACCUCCUUAAACCGUGACGUUUGGUUUGACGUUUAGAAUUUUACAUGUAUAACAUAAAUAAAUGAAAAAUGAUCUAAUAAAUGAUAAUUUAUCACAAUAUCAAGCAACUGAUAUUUAAAUUGAACUAGAGGAAAUAAAAAAAAUGUCUCGUCAAAUGAAUCAGAAUGAGCGGAAGCUUGCCGAAAAGCUAAUAAUUCUAAAUGAUCGGGGAAUUGGAAUGCUAACUAGGAUUUAUAACAUCAAAAAAGCGUGUGGUGAUGCUAAAUCCAAGCCCGGAUUUUUAUCUGACAAGAAUUUAGAAUCAUCUAUCAAGAGUAUUGUCAGAAAAUUUCCAAAUAUUGAUGUCAAAAGUCUCACGCCAAUCCAAAGCCUUAAAAAUGACAUAAUUAAGUCCUUGUCCUUAUAUUACUACACAUUUGUAGAUUUAUUGGACUUUAAAGAUCAUGUGUGUGAUCUGUUAACAAGUAUGGAUACAUUCCAGGUAGAUCUAGAUAUAACAGUUAACUUUGAACUUACAAAACACUAUUUAGAUCUUGUAACUACUUAUGUAUCUUUAAUGGUUCUUUUGUCAAAAGUGGAAGACCGAAAAGCAGUUUUGGGUUUAUUUAAUGCAGCUUAUGAAAUUGUUCAUGGAUCCCAAGAUGGUAGUUUUCCCAGAUUAGGAAAUAUGAUUACUGACUAUGAUAUUCCAUUCAAAAAGUUAUGUGAAGAGUUUACACCCCAUGCUAGAUUGUUGGCUCAAGCGUUACAGUCUCUUAUUCCAAUUUAUGUGCCUAGAAAUGUUUCUGCGGAUAAAUGGCGUUCAGAACAAAAAUUGACACUAGUAGGAAAUCCUUCAUUAUUAUUAAAACCAGUUCUUUCAGAAAGAAUGUCUUGUGAGUUUUUGUCAAUGGAUGCUAUGGAAAGGUGGAUAAUAUUUGGUUUAUUGUUACUGCAUAAUUUACUACAGCAGGAACAUUUUAACAAACUAUUUCUGAAUGCUUUGGAGUCAUCUUGGGUCACUCCUUUAUUUAGAGAUGAAGUCAUUUACACUCAUCAAUAUGUUUUAUCAUUUUUUGAUACAUUAAAAGGUUAUGGUAAAAGAAUAUCUGAAGUUAAAGAUGCACAAAAUCAAGCUGUUCAAAAGGCAGGGUACAAUCAUAGAGAACGUAGGAAGUUUUUAAGAACAGCACUGAAAGAAUUAGGUCUGAUAUUUAUGGAUCAACCAGGUUUAUUGGGACCAAAAGCUUUGAUGGUUUUUAUGGGUUUGUGUUAUGCUAGAGAUGAAGUUCUUUGGUUAUUAAGGCAUAAUGAUAAUCCACCCGUACAUAGGACAAAAGGUAAAUCAGCAGAAGAUUUAGUUGAUAGACAUUUACCUGAAUUACUAUUUCACAUGGAAGAUUUAAGAGUAUUAGUAAGAAAGUACAGUCAGGUAAUGCAGAGGUAUUAUGUUCAAUAUCUAUCUCAUUGGGAUGCUAUAACCUUAAAGGAAUUUAUGCAAAAACUGCAAACUUGCCCAGAAGAUGAAGGUAUCAUACUUUCUUCCCUAUGCAAUACUAUUUCCAGUGUUUCUAUAAAACAGGUGGAAGAAAAUGAAACCUUUAACUUUUUUGCUUUUCGUUUAGAUUGGUUUAGGUUGCAAGCAUAUACCUCUACUGCAAAAUCUCCAAUGAGACUGAUAGAUGAGAAAAAACUAGCAGAAUUGUUGGAUUCUAUUCAAUUUCAUACCAAAAUGGUUGAUAAUUUAGAUGAAAUGCUGAGAGAAACUUCGGACUUGUCUAUAUUCUGUUUUUACAACAGAAUUUUUGAAGAUCAGUUCCACAUGUGCCUAGAAUUCCCAGCUCAAAAUAGAUAUAUAGUGGCUUUUCCAUCAAUCUGUAGCCAUUUUCAGAACUGCACUCAUGAACUUUGUCCAGAAGAAAGGCAUCAUAUUAGAGAAAGAAGUCUUUCUGUUGUAAAUAUGUUUCUUGAUGAAAUGGCAAAAGAGGCCAAAAAUAUAAUAACAGCUAUUUGUGAUGCUCAAUGCAAAAUGAGUGACAAACUUCUUCCUAAAAAUUGUGCACAUUUAAUUUCUCAGCAGAUUAAUAGAAAAAAGAAGGAAAAAAACAAAAAAAACACUAUAGAAUUUGAAAAACCAGGUAAAGAAAGCUACAGAAAAACCAGAGAAAAUUUAACAACAAUGGAUAAACUACAUAUGGCUUUAACAGAACUUUGUUAUGCAAUAAAUUAUUUCUCUAAUAUUAAUGUCUGGGAAUAUACUUUUGCACCUAGAGAAUACUUGCACCAACAUCUGGAGACCAGAUUUGCUAAAGCUUUAGUAGGAAUGGUCAUGUAUAACCAAGAUACAAAUGAAAUUGCUAAACCAUCUGAACUCUUAGUGAGUGUUAGGUCUUACAUGAAUGUGCUGCAAACAGUAGAGAAUUAUGUACAUAUAGAUAUAACAAGAGUUUUCAAUAAUUGUUUAUUGCAGCAAACUCAAGCAGUAGAUAGUCAUGGUGAAAAAACAAUAGCUUCUAUAUACACUCAAUGGUACUCAGAGGUAUUAUUAAGAAGGGUAAGUGGUGGUAAUAUCAUAUUUUCAAUGAAUCAAAGAUCAUUUGUUAGCCUAACUGUUGAAGGUUCUAUACCAUUUAAUCCUGAAGAAUAUUCUGAUGUUAAUGAACUGAGAGCUUUGGCUGAAUUAAUAGGUCCUUAUGGUAUGAAACAGCUAAGUGAAACUCUUAUGUGGCAUAUUGCUAGUCAAGUAGUUGAGCUAAAGAAAUUAGCGGAAAUUAAUAAGGAUAUACUUCUUUCCUUACGUACAAACUUUGACAAACCUGAAGUAAUGAAAGAACAAUUUAAGAAACUCUCAAAUGUUGAUAAUGUUCUUCAGAGAAUGACAAUAGUGGGUGUAAUAUUAAGCUUCAGACAACUGGCACAAUCUUGUUUAACAGAUGUACUAGAAGAUCGUAUUCCAUUUUUAGUAAGUUCUAUUCUAGAUUUCAGACAUCAUUUGCUAAGUGGGGAUCCUAUGAAAAUUGUUAGUGAAAUGACGUCAGCUGCUGGCUUACCAUGCAAAGUUGAUCCUACUCUCAUAGCUGCUCUGAAAUUACAAAAGCAAGAAAAUGAAGGUGAUAAUGAGCAUCUUCUAGUUUGCUUGCUAAUGGUAUUUGUAGCAGUUAGUAUACCAAAACUUGCCAAAUCUGAACAGUCAUUUUAUAGACCAUCUUUAGAGGGACAUACAAAUAAUAUUCAUUGCAUGGCUCUAGCAGUGAAUCACAUUUUUGGAGCUCUUUUUACUAUAUGUGGACAGGGGGACAUUGAAGACAGAAUGAAAGAAUUUCUAGCUUUAGCAUCAUCCAGUUUGCUCAGAUUGGGCCAGGAGGCUGAUAAAGAAGCAAUCAAAAAUAGAGAAUCAGUUUAUUUGUUGUUGGAUCAAAUUGUACAAGAAUCUCCUUUCCUAACUAUGGAUUUAUUGGAGUCAUGUUUCCCUUAUGCCCUUAUUAGGAAUGCUUAUCAUGAUGUCUAUAAAUUAGAGCAGAACAUGUAA